GUGGUUUUGUGAUGUCUAGUCUAGGGCUCUAGGCUGAGUUAGAAGAUGAAGAUUGUCCUAUGUAAGUAACCCCACCCACCAGCCGUUGUCUCAACUGUCGUAGCGGCAGUGCCAUGGCGGCGUCCCUUUCAGGACCCUCUAAUCGGUUCCCGUCAGCGCUCAACCGCCGACCGGUAACUCCUCCGGCAGCCUAUUGUGUUCCUGGAUCGGUACACAAUAGGAAGCUCAUACCAAGCGCGCACAGGGUUCUGUUAGCCAAUCAAGGAAAAGCAGUUUCCAUGGAGGUUUCACGGAGAAAAAUCGGCGUCCCCAAGAGGAAAGGUGAAGAUGCCAGAGAAAGGAUAGAGGAAAGAAACCGGAAGAUAGCCUCGCAGAAAGCGGUUUCCAUAAUUUUGAGGAGGGAGGCCAUGAAAGCAGUAAUUGAGAAGAAGAAAAAGGGAAACCCUAAGAAGCUUUUGCCCAAAGAUGUUCUUGAAGCUCUUCACGAACGCGUCACCGCUUUGCGCUGGGAAUCCGCUCUUACGAUCUUUGAACUCCUUCGCGAGCAGCUAUGGUACAAGCCAAAUGCUGGUGUGUAUAUCAAACUAAUUGUUAUGCUUGGAAAAUGUAAGCAACCUGAGAAAGCUCAAUCCUUGUUUCAGAUGAUGGUUGAUGAAGGGUGUGAUGUGAAUCAAGAAGCUUAUACUGCUCUCUUGUCUGCAUACAGCCGCAGUGGUCUGUUUGGUGAUGCCUUUUCACUCCUUGAACAGAUGAAGAGCACGCCUAAUUGUCAACCAGACGUCUUCACAUAUACCGCUCUCAUAAAAUCGUGCCUGGAAGUUAAUGACUUUGGUAAAGUAAGAGAUCUUCUUUCAGAAAUGGAAUGUGAGGGGAUCAAGCCCAAUACAGCUACAUAUAAUACCCUCAUGGAAUCUUAUGGCAAAGCAAAAAGGUUUGCGUGCUUUAAUUCCUUGAUAGCAUCUCUUUUUUUAAUCUUUCGUUUAUUCGUUUAUUUUUUAUACUCCCUCCGUCAGAGAAUAUUCGCCCAGUUUUGACCUUUUGGAAUCAAUCAAAAUCAACAUUUGCCUUAUAAUUAAAUAAAAAUCAUAUGGUAUAUAAAUUAGACAAAACCAUAUUUUGAAAGCAGUUUACAAGAUGAAUCUAAUAAAAUUAUUUUUGUAUCAAUAUGUAAUAUCAAUUUUAUUUAAUAAACUAAAUAAAAUCUAUGUCGUUUUAUAAAACCAAGAUACCAUUUAUCAAUAUUUUCCCCCUUUAUCCCAUAUAUCCAACCGUAUUCUCACUUAAAGUCAUUUCUAACCGUUCCAAGAUGAUAUAUUCUUUAAGGGUAGUUUAGGUAUAGUACUAGUUUUUACAAGAUUCUAAAAUAUUUGAUGAAUUUAGGUGCUUAACCUGUAACAACAGUUGUUGUGAAAUGGAUAGUGUACUUAUUGCUCCCCUAUUCCUGCCUUGGCAAAUGGAAAAACCAUCACUGUUUUUCACCCUACAUGUUAAGAAUUAAAACAGGUAGUAAUUUACCAAGACUAUUUCUUCGUCUUUAUGUAAUAGAAAUAAUUCCUCCGU